AGAGAGAGAGAGAGAGAGAGCAAGGGCUGCAUUCUGCCAGGAGGAAGCCGAAGGAAGCAGGUGUAUCUGCAGAGACAGACAGAGAGACAGAUCUGCCCCGGAUCCCCUCCUUUCCCCCACAUAAGGACGCAGCUCUUUCCACCUCCCUGAACGGAGGGGACCCACGGAAACGCACCCUAAAGCCUCCGCAGCCUCCGUGUGUUUGAGAAGAGAGAGAAGGGGCGUGUGAAGGGGGUGUGUGGCGCCCCGGUGGGUGCAGGCGUGUGAGCAUGUGCGUGUGAGCGUGUAUCUCGUUGCGGCGGUUGGUGAAGCAGGGCCCGGUAUAUGGAUAGGAGCUCACUGUUUCAGCUCAUUCAGGAGCAGCUGGACCCCGAGCAGACUGGUUUCAUUGCGGUGGAGAACUUCACCAGUCUGGCGGAGCAGCAUGAGCUGCAGCUGGACCCCAACAAGCUGGACAUGCUGCUGGCCCUGGUUCAGAGCGAUCAGCACGGCCAUGUCUGCUACCAGGAGCUUAUCGAGCUGCUAAGCAGUAAGCGUUCCAGUAGUUUCCGGCGCGCCAUUGCUAAUGGCCGGCGCACUCUACAACGCGAGAUCCUAUUGGACGAGACGGGCCUCGGCGUGUACAAGCGCUUUGUGCGCUACGUGGCGUACGAGAUCCUGCCGUGUGAGACAGACAGACGCUGGUACUUUCAUCAGAACAGACUCUGUCCUCCACCUGUCUUUAUGGCCAUCGUUACCAUAGUGCAGAUUGUGGUGUUUAUGUGUUAUGGGGUGAGGCUCAACAAGUGGGUUCUGCAGACAUAUCAGCCAGACUUCAUGAAGAGCCCACUGGUGUAUCAUCCAGGACAUCGUGCCCAAGUCUGGAGAUUUUUCAGCUACAUGUUUAUGCAUGUUGGGUUGGAGCAGCUUGGCUUCAAUGCGCUCCUCCAGUUGAUGAUCGGCGUUCCUCUGGAGAUGGUGCAUGGAAUUCUGAGAAUCAGCCUCCUCUAUAUGGCAGGAGUGGUGGCAGGUUCUCUCACCGUCUCCAUCACUGACAUGCGUGCUCCAGUGGUCGGUGGCUCUGGAGGAGUCUACGCACUCUGCUCUGCCCAUCUCGCCAACGUCGUCAUGAACUGGGCUGGAAUGAAGUGUCCAUAUAAGUUACUGCGGAUGAUCCUGGCGCUGGUGUGCAUGAGCUCAGAGGUGGGUCGAGCCGUGUGGUUGCGCUUCUCGCCGCCGUUGUCCUCGUCAGGGCCGCAGCCGAGUUUCAUGGCCCACCUGUCGGGUGCCGUGGUGGGAAUUAGCAUGGGCCUGCUUAUCCUGCGCAGCUAUGAGGAGUCGCUGCACAAGCAGUGCUCAUGGUGGGUCCUCGUCUUCUCCUUCGUCACCUUUCUACUUUUCGCCAUCUUCUGGAAUAUCUUCGCCUACGAGCUGUUAGGAGUCCAGAUUCCGUCUCCGCCCUGAUGACACGCCCCCGUGGCUGUUUCCUCACUCUGGCUGCGGAGAGCCACACAACCUUCAGAAACUGGAUUUCUUGAUGGCCUCACUCCCCUUUUUUGUUACAUCUCCACCCCCUUUUGACCAACAAUAGCAGACAGAUGGUCCAAACCGGAAGAUUGGAAAUCCUUACAGUGAUUUUCUUUCAGGAUUUUUUCUUAACGUGUUACUACUCAGACUCUUUAUUUAUACGCUCCCGCUCGGCCACUUCUCAAGCCAGGAGGGGAAGAAAUGAAUGAACUUAAUCACUUCGGUUUAUUUUUGCUCAGUUUUCAUCACCAGGCAUUUAAAUCUGUCUUUUGUUUCAGAUGUUAUGUUUUUGUCAGUGGUUUUGAUUCUAUUAUUUCAAAAUGGUGCGUUAUUACUUUUAUUGCUUUUACACUGUUUGUUGAUCGGCAUCUUUGGGAAGCUGAAAUGAAAUACAGUUUCAAAAAGUUUCUGAUCCCACCUAUACACACACACACUCACACUCACACACACACACACAUAAUAACACAUAUAAAGCCCGGCUGUUCUUGUGCAGCUCUUGCCCUUUAACAUCCUUCACACUUCAUGAGGCCAGAAGGUGGAAAGUCCUUGAUGUUAGCCUUUGUGAGUCACCUGGUAACGGUUGCCUUGGCAACCGUCAGCCAAUUGCUAUGGUAGCCAUUAAUCAAGGUGUCUUCUCAUUGUGGAAACAAUGGUUACAGCAACCAAUGGCAAGUAUUAUAUAUAUAAUAUAUAAAAAAGAGACCCCUAAAUGUAUAAUUUGUCAUAUUAGCCAGAAAAAUUGUGUGAACAUUUUGAUGAAAAAAAAAAACCUUCUGCCUUUAAAAACACUAUGGUGAAGUCCCAGACGCUAGAAUUUCCUAGUAAUCACCACUGCCGUAACACAAAACCGCAAACAUUUACUUCACUAAAAUACCUCAACACAAAAUGAAGGUCCCUAAAAAUGAAAAUAAUUUGCUAGCUCACGUUUAACUAGCGAGAAAUUACUCUCGCAAGACAACAACCCUCAGCCAUGUCUGUAAACACUUCGCUAACUUUACAUUUAACAACGUUUUAUGACGCAGUCGUUCCAAUUUUAUUUUUUUUCACUCACUGCGAUUGUUUGUGUCACC